AUGGAUCUACAGGGCACAAAGGAGGCCCGGACGCAGGAGGAGGGCGCUGAAGGGCCCCUCGAGGCCUAUGGCGGUGGAAAAAGUCGUUCAAAAGAGUAUCGCAAGAACGAGAGGCGAGAUUCUCACAACCAUGAUGAUCGAGCUUCGAUUCAUCCUCUCCGUCGUCGUCAACAACCAUUCGCAUAUCCGCACGGCUCACAACAAACGGCAUCGUCUGCCGUGACUCGGCAACGAGAGCCUUCGCCAUCACCGGAAGCUAUCGGUAUACCGCAAGCAUUGGGACUAAGUUCCCGCGAGCAGCGGCUAUUGCGCAAGGCACGGAGGUCUCCGCCGGUCACGAAGAAAACGCUCAGCGAGCUCGACCUGCCUUGUAUAAUGAGCAACAUCAACCUUCGCAUGGACGCCAACUUCGACCGCGAUUUGCACUUCAAGCCCGAUCUAGACGGGGAGAAAGGCAAACGCAAGAAGAAGGAAGCUGCAGACUACUGGGACUCACUGGCCUUGGAGAUCGCAAUUUACUCCUUCCGUGCUGCCACUGCCGAUAUCAGUAUCGAGGAAGUCGUGUCGACUGACGGUUCCCGACGCACCUUCGACCCCCGUUUGCCCGCCUUGUUCGAGACGUUGCAGGAUGUCAUCAAAACCCUUGUUCCAGAGCGGGAUCAUCCAACUGUCAUGCAGAAUCUAGAGGUUCCGUUGCUCAUGCAGCAAAUACGCAAGGGUGUUCUUGAUAUGCUCACCUUGGCAACGUGGUUGGCUGCACUUCUCAAGACACACUGUGCUCCUAUGCGAGACGAGUGGGCAGAUCGCAUGGUUGAGCAGAUCCAAGAAGGAUCACAGUCACAAGAUCCGCGGGAGAUUGUCAAUGGGUUACAAACAUUGUUCUCCAUCUUGGAAGCAAUGAAACUGGAUGUGGCCAACCACCAAAUCCGCGCGUUCCGCGUUCUCCUAAUCGAAGACACCGUGCCAUUCCUUCAAGAAUACUUCCAAGGCAAAAUCAACCGGGGAAAUUUCCAUGUCGAGCCCGCCCGCCAUUGGUACCUAGCAGUGCGAGACCGAGCCCAGCAAGAAGACGCGCAAAAGAACCAAACCCAACCCCAGAAUACGGCAACAUCCGAAACAGAAGACGCCCUCAAGCCCAUCGAAGCGCUCUUCCGCGGCAUAACCGACCAGCUCCUCCAAUUCAACCCACCAGAUGAGUUCCCCGAAACCUUCCUCUUCGACAGCGAACGCCUCUGGCAACUCCGCUCAACAAUCCAAAACCUAAUCAACCUCGACAUCGCCUGGUACAUCUUCGAGGCCUACGUCAACAAGCACAAGCGGUACCUCUCCGCCCCAGAGGAAACCUACUCCACCUUCCGCACGCGCAUCUGGUCCCUGAUGGAAGACGGAAUAGACAUGGAAAGCCGCAUCGCCAGUAACCCAGUCGCCAACGACGACGACCCAGACCACCGCGGUGGCAAGCGCUGGACCCAAAAUAUGCGUUGCAUCGCCCUGGAAAUCGCCCGCUUCGCCUGUGCAGCAUUGCAACUCGACGCCGUCGUCGCCGACGAGGUCAUUGCCCCAAUUGAGGAAGCGCUGGAGUGGCACCUAUCCAAUGAAUCCGAUCUCUUCCGCUAUUUCCAGAAUAGUAUGCGCGGAAAGGUCCUCGAUACUACGUUGGCCUCUGCUCGCAGGUAUCUGCCCUUGUCGCCAUUGGCCAUCUGCGAAUCACAGCGCACCCCGCCAUCGUCUUCGGGUCCUGUUCCCGGAAGUUCUUCUUCUGCGCCUGCGGUAUCUGGAUCUGCGGGUCCUUCGUCGCAGCAGCUUACACCGCAGGUUUCUGAUAUCGAGCGUAUUGGCAUGCGUCUUGCCCAUAUGGGCGUCUUGCACUGGCGUGUCUGGGCUCCGUUGUUGUAUCUCCGUGAUGAGAUUACAAUGGCUGAUCUUGCUCCUGCGUUGAUAUAA